AUGGGGAUAUCGUCCGCAUCGGCCCGAAUGGGCUUCACUUCUUCUCUCCAGCUGCGUAUCUCGAGAUCUUCAACCCGAAUAAGCCAUGGGAAAAGGAAAGGUCGCUCUACCAUCUCAUGGGCGAGGAUCGCUCUUCGUUUGGGGAUUGUCCUCGAUCUUCGCAAGACGUUCGAGGAGAAUGGGUCCAAGCCGGUUGACCUUUUCUAUGCGUGUCGCUGCAAGGCUAUCGAUAUUAUCACCUACCUCUGCUUCGCAAACUCGGUAGACGCAGUGUACGCGUCCAACUAUGAAGCCCCCAUCAUCCUCGCCAUGGACGCCUCAAUGGUUGCUUUUCUUCUAAAGAAACAAAUCAACGACCUCUACACAGGCCCCAGCGCACUCGCAAAACUCCCCCAUAACACAGCAAUCUACCACGAGCUGCUGCGGCCCGAGGCAUACAAGACCGGGACUACGCCGGAUAGCGGCAGUCUAUAUGAGGAGUCGCAGGCGCCCGUGUUUGGUGGAGCGGAUACAACGGGCGCGACGCUCAUGCAUGGGUCUUUUUGUUCCUGCGCUCGCCGGAGGUCUAUCGGAAGAUUAAGGAGGAGAUUCGUUCGAUUUGGGCGGAGAUUGAGAAGCCGCCGAGGUGGGAGGAGUUGGAGAGGUUCCCGUAUCUUGUGCGUGCAAUAUAUCAGGCUUGAGAUUACGGCCGUCAUGAAGGGAUCCCUCUGCAUCAGCCCGGGCGUCGCCUCACCCCUCCCACCGUCGUUCCCGAUGAAGGAGCCGACAUUGCGAAUACACCUAUCCCCGGAGGUGUAG